GCAUAGCAUUGCUCGAAGCUACCGUAUCAUGACAACAGGAGACGCAGCUGCGUGACAACUUGGGAGCUGGAGUUGAAUCAAUUUGCAUAUUUUGCAGUGUUUUUCACAGAUGUCCAGUAGAACGAUGACAUCUACGCAACAUUGAUCCAAGGUGCCACUGAGAAGAUGAACAUAGAUGUCCUUGCUAGAAUUCGCCCACCGCAGAGGGGAGAGGGUGCACAUAAUCUUAAAAUACAAGGCAGCAAAAUCAAGCAGGAUGAGACAAAUACUGCCCAUGCAUUCCAUGCCAUCUUCGAUGAUGACAGCACCACAGAUACAAUCUACAAGGAAUCGGUGUCAUCCAUGGUGGACCUCGUGGUGGCAGGCUUCAACUGCAGUUUGCUGAGCAUUGGAGAGAGCGGUUCCGGAAAGAGCCACACCCUUUUUGGCGAUGGGAAAUCCAGAUCGGGUGUGGUCCACAUGGCCGUGAGAGGGAUCUUUGAUCAGCUAGGCAAUACCAGAGAGAGGGCUAGCAGAAAUGAUGCCCUGAUGAAUGGUAAGGUUACAAUCAGCAUGUACGAAGUCUACAAUGAGAUCAUUAGAGAUCUUCUUGGGCAAUCAGAAGGCACUCCAACUGGAGGAGGACCCAGAGAACUCACUGUCAAUGCAAAGAAAUGGGUUCAUGUCAAGGAACUGACACAAUCUACAUUGAGGACUGAGAGUGAUGCAUAUUCCGAGUUGAGUCGGGGAUUGAAUGAGAGAACACAGGCGUCUACAGACUAUGGACGCACUCAAGCCAAGUCUUCUCUCUUUGUGGAGGUUAAAUUGAAGAUGGAGAAAGAAGAAUUUGGUUAUCCCCACGAAUCAACCUUCCUGUUUGUUGAGCUGCCUGGUGUCGAAAAACUAGCGUUAAACCAGCAGGAGCUCCGCAAGAAAGAGGGCGCUGUUCAAAAUAGAUCGAUAUCAUCAUUUGGUCAGCUGAUCAGCAACCUUUCCACUAGACAGAAUCCAGAUAGGGUGAUAAAUUACAGUGAAUCUAAAGUGACCAGUCUUUUGGAGAAUGCUAUUGGAGGCAAUUGCAAGACCAAGGCCAUCAUGCACUUCAUUCCAAACCCCCAACCUCUCCAUCUCAAGACAUCUCUCAUCGUAUCAGGACAACUCUCAAGGAUCAACAACUACUUCAUUAUGAAUGAUGUGGCUGCUAGGGCCCUCAUUACCCAGUAUCGUGCGAGGCUUAUCAGCCUUCAAGGUCAACUGGGUGUCACCAUGACAACCGAGCUGGCAAGAGACGAUGUGACAGAGGACCAAGCCAAGUUAGCAAGAGACAAUUUAAAGCUUAAGGAAGAGAAUGAUUACCUAAGGCGGAGACUGGAUCAGAUUCAGAGCCGGUUUGGAGACAUUGCCUCAGCUAAGACUGACCUUUCAUCUAGACUAAUUGGCAGUGAGGAAGAGAAACUGAAGCUUUCCAAGAUGCUGGUUGACAAGAGAAUUGAAAACAACAAACUGAAAGAGAGGGGAGCCCAAGAGAACUUUGAACUUAGAAACAAGGUGUUGGCCCUGGAGAACCGUAUGAUUCAAGCAGAAUCUGAGAGGGAUCGACUUCUUAGAGACUAUCGUCAGAUCAGAGGCCAUUUUGAUGAGAUUGACAAGGAGAGGCAGGAUGUUGGAGAUCGCUAUGUCUACCUCAAUGCAGACUAUAAGGCAUUGGCUAAAAAAUAUGAGAGCGAGGUUGCAAGAAACCAAGAGCUUGGUCUGGAGCUUCUGAACCUAUUGAAUGCUGAAGUGACCCUCCUGAAGCAGAGAGACAACCUAGGACUGGCUGGACAGGCCGCAAGGAAUGGAGGCAGUGAUGAUCUAUCAAGGGUCAGGGAUAUUGCUCUAGGGUUAUCAGCUGAGAGACAGAAGGUUGCUGCAACUGAUAAUGAUAGACAUGAUCUAAAAAAGCAGCUCUUUGGAAACCACGAUAGAUUCCGUGGAGAGAUCAAUCAAAUGAAAAGCCAUUACGACAAAGAACAGGACAAGCUGCAAGGCAUUAUAUCUCAGUUGAACCAAGAUGUUCAGAAUAUGAGACAGGCCGACCGAGAGACCCAUCGGAAGCUCACUGAAGCUGAAGUUGAAUUGCUGGUGCUCCGAUCCAAGUCUAAGGAGUUUCAGUCGGCUAAUAGUAAACUACAGCUUCAGAUGAAAGAGAAGAAUGAGGAGGUCAGAGCCAGGCUUGUCAAGUACCUCCAAGAUAUUGCGGAUCACAUUGAUAAGUCCCAGCGAUCAUCGGGUAGAGACACGGGAGACGGUCUUAACGGCCAGAUAGCGGCCAUGGUGAAGGAUCUGAAGCAGACGUACCGCACCAGGGAAUCCCAGCUUAGCGACGCAGCCAGGGAGUACAAACGCACUGCCGAUGCGGUAGCCAAGAAACAUCAACAGCUCAUUGUAGAGUAUAGACUCCUUAAACAACAGUUGAAGGAGAAGAACCUUCCUGGGAUGGACAUGGGACCUGAUGAAGAUCAACUGACGUUGGAUUCAGAAGAAGUUGAGUCCAUCAACAGGAGAGAACUCACCAAAGUAAUGAAACAGCUCCGAGAAACAGAAACCGAACUGAACAAAAUAAAAAGAGAAGGAUCUUCUGAUGAACACUGGAAAUCUCUGAAGGAUGAAUUUCUCAAGACGCAGAAUGAACUUGAAGCAGAGAGGGCCAAUCUCCUUGCCAACAAUUCCGUCUUAGAAGAACAACUCAACGAAUGUCAAGAUUACAUACAAACUCAUAUGGCAAGAUACAAAGAUGAGAUCAGAAGACUCAGGAGACAGCUCGGAAUGGAUGACCAGUUGGACUUGCUUGGAUUGACCGACGAUUAUGGACAUUCAAGAUGGAGGGACCCCCGGCUCGCCCACGUACCCCAAUCCAUCCGCAAGUACCGCACCCUCCCCGAAAUAUGAUUUUCUUAAAUGCAUUUCAUGAAGAGUUCAGCUGGUGGAUUCCACUGACUAAUUUUCUCUCAGCCAAUCAGAGUUCAAGAUUUCUAGUAGCUUAUAACAAUAGUCAGUGAAUAUUUUUGUCAUGAAAUAUUCCUCAGGUCAGACUCGAGGGGAAGGGUAAGUUGUCGUGUUGGUGCAAGAAUACCCUUAAACACCACACUUUCACGCAUCACAUGCAUGCAAAAACACCCUUAGCAGCGCGCAUAAGUGCAUUGCAUAAGGGCAUUUCUGCACCGACACGACAAAGUACAGUGUUGUCUCUGUGAUGGUUGGCGCUAGUUAGAAUCCUCCGCCCCUCAAACUCUCCAAACCAAAUCUCAAUGCAGUACUAACACACUUGCCUGCCCAGCAUUGAAUUACCCCACUGACUAAGAAAAUUAUAUGAACAUUAUAUCUUUACUGUUUGGGGCCCUAAAAACCAACUAGUUAUUGUAAAAUGAAAAUUAUACUUUUAGUAAGCUCUGAAAAUCUACUUGUUAGUUCUCCACCUGAACCCUGUGGUAAACUAUUGAAUGAUAAAAUCUUGACCACUUUACCAUCCUUGGUGGCAACCCUGGGGCCCAUCUUACAAAGAGUUGCGAUUGAUCUGAUUGAUCGCAACUAUGGAAAGCCAGCAAUGUCAACAUUUUUUUUUUUUUUUUAAGUUUUUAUUGAAAUAAAUCAUAACAAUCACAACAUUUACAAAUGAUUUGUAUGAUGAAAAAGCAUAAAAUCAUGAAACAUUACAAUAAAAAAAGGCAGAUAUAAGAUUAUAAUUAUCUAAAAGUUUUCAAGAGGGAAGCGCCGAGAUAGAAACAAAAAAGACCGCCCUAAAAAAAAGGAGAACAGAAGCCAAAAUAAAGAAAUCAGACUAGAAUGAGGACAAGCAGCUGAAGGAUCCCCCGCCCCAAUUCCCUCUCUCUCUCUCUCCCUCUCACUCGUACACACGCAAAUUAGAACCUUAUCCCCGUACAAACACAAAUAUCUUUGCCCCCCAUCUUGCAUACGACACACACACACACACACGCUCACAUAAAGAAAAGGGGAGGAAACCCUCAGCCACGUGGCUCCAUCCAAUCCGAGAUCCUGCCAAAUAUGGACCAUCAAUCUCAUAAAUUUGGAAACACUUUGCAAGUUCGAGAAAAAGGUCAGGAGGUCAAACACUCUCCAGAAUACGCUUGCAUAAAUUAAGUCUCGGAGGUCGCCCUUGAAAGUACAAACAUGUAUGUAUAUAAUAUACGGACAAAUCAAGCAGCACAUUCUUACAUCGUACUAUGCAUUGAAAGAUAACAGUUCAAAGAUAAACAUGGUUUUCUUCAUAUAAAAAUAAUGUACAAACAAUAAUCACUAUAUUAUAAUACAGUGGCAGUAUGGAUUUUAACUUAGAGAUGAUUAGGUAAGGGGAACAAUAUAGGUACCAGCAAUCUGUAAAAAAAUCAGAAUCAGAAUCGUGGGUCACAGGAAUAAAUACAGAGGUUGGCAUGGACAAUUCUACAAGAGAAUUCUGUAAUUUAGAGGAAAUAAUGGAGCAUGGCCACUAGCUGUAAAGUAUACUUAAAGUUCAAAACGCCAUUUCUUAAAAUGACUAUGCAGUUUAUUUUUCUUUUUAGCUAAAGGAUAUUCAAUUUCUUUUUGUUUUUUAACAACAGAUUUAAAUGAAAUAAAAUUUGGAAGAAUAUUUCUAAACUUGCAGGAAUAAAUGUGAUAUUUCAAAAGUAAAAAUAAAUAUGAAAGAAAUCUGUCAGUGCUGAUGCCAAAAAGCGUUUCAAAGUUAGUUACAGACAAGUUCGAUUUCAAUUUGUGUGAGAUAACAGUGAUAAGGUUAUGCCAAAUAGGAGUAAUCUUUUCACAUUCACAGAACAUAUGGAUUAAGGUUUCCUCCUUCUUUCCACAGAAAUAGCAGUCAGGAGAAUCUUUCCUCUUGAUCUUAAAUAGGAAACUGUUGACUGCAAUAGUUUUAUG